AUGUCAAACGUGUCUCUGAUGCCAGAUGUACUUACCGCUCAUUUGAGUCUGCCAGACGGCGUCGCCGACGCCCCACAGUCCCGAUAUGGUGAAGAACAGUUUGGGGUUGUUGGGAUGAGGUCGCCACACGAUCAGGAUCCAUAUGAGUAUCGAGUGGACGACGAAACCCAGCACCAUCAGCGGCAGUCUUCCGAUGUACUUCAUAAUGGUUCCGAACAGCAACGAGCAUAUUGCGUUGACCACGCCAAAGCAUAUCAUCACGUACCCGACGGAUGGAAUGCCCAGGGCGCAGGACACGUACGCCUGAAACCGACAUGGUGCUUCGGUAAGUCGACAUUAUAA